GUUUUCUCGAGGUGCCUCCAAGCAGUUUUGUAGCUCACCUUAUCAAAAAUAAUGUUCGUAUGUUGUUUAUGUCACACUGUAACUGUUUAAAAUACGUUUACUGUUAAUUUAAAUCAUAUUUGUAAACCUCGUAAGUCUCCACUGUCACGUCCCUGUCCGGUUUAACAUGGUGAACGCGGAUGAAAUCGCCAAGUUAUGCUAUGAGCGUUUCAACCAGCUGCCCCGGAGAGGGAAGCCUGAGCCGGGCAGAGAGUGGACCCUGCUGGCCGCUGUGGUCAAAAUCACCCGGUGUGCUAACUCUGACACAGUUAAAAAGGAGGUUGUUUCCCUCGGAACUGGGACCAAAUGUAUAGGACAGACAUGCAUGAGUCCCAAUGGUGAUGUACUCAAUGACAGCCAUGCAGAAGUCAUUGCCAGACGGGGAUGUAUUAGAUACCUGAUUAAGGAACUGCACAGAGCUGUGAGUGGGGGCGACGGCUCUGUGUUUUGUCCAGCUGAUCAGCAGGGGAAGUGGAGGCUUCAGCCGGGAGUUUCAUUCCUCUUCUUUACAAGUCACACUCCCUGUGGUGAUGCCUCCAUCAUACCCAUGCAGCAAGAUAGCCAGUCUCAGCCCUGCCCCCUUGUCAGAUCUGUAAACGGUCAUGAAGGGACUGAUGUACGAGGAGGCCUGAAAAGGAAAGCUGAGGAACCAAGUGAAGCACAAAACACUAAGCUGCCACGUCUGGAGCAUCAGGAGACAGCAGAGAUGGGUCAGUCAAUAAAAACACCCAUGGAGAAUGUCUUGGAAGAUUCAGCACAACUGGAGAUAAAAACAAGAGGCCCCAACGACAGUGCUGGACUGCAUUCACAGGUUCCAGAUAUUCACAGAACAGGGGCCAAGUGUGUACCGGGUGGCCCAGCUGACCCUCUGCAUCCUGGGAUGGGGUACCACAGCACAGGGGUGCUUAGGGUGAAGCCUGGGCGGGGAGAACCAACUCUGUCCCUUUCCUGCAGUGACAAGCUGGCCCACUGGGCAGUGCUGGGCUUCCAGGGUGCACUGCUUUCCCAUUACCUACAGGAGGCACUCUACUUCAGCAUCAUGGUGGUGGGGAAGUGCCCAUACAGCCAAGAGGUCAUGCAGAGAGCUUUGGUCACAAGGUGCUCCCAUGUAUCAGACCUCCCUGCUGGUUUCUCUGUGUGUCCACCAGUGCUGCUCCAAUCCAGCCUGGAGUUUCCCUUCAGCCAUGCUCAGACAGUGCUGCGACACCAGGCAGGACAGGGACGCAUCUCCCCCUGUGGGGCAGCCAUCAGCUGGUGUAAUGUCACUGAGCAGCCACUAGAUGUCACUGCCAACGGUUACAAACAUGGAGUCACAAAGAAGGCCUUCGGCACAGCUAAAGCCAGGUCUCUUCUGUGUAAACUGGAGCUUUUCCACUCCUUUCUGUCUCUGGUAUCUGCCACCAACCCUUCAGCACUUCCCAGUUCUCUCAGGGAAACAGAGCUGCAGACCUACUGGGACUACAAGCAGGCAUCCCAGUCGUACCAGCAGGCCUGGCAGCAGCUACACAGCCAGGCCUUCCCUCUGUGGCCACGCAGCAACAGAGAUCUCCUGCUCUUCCACUGAAAUCCCUCUCUUCUGAAACGUCUGCAGCUGAAAUGUUCCAUCAAGGUCGAUUAACAACUGGGAAGUCACAGGUCAAAAAUAACUGCUGUCCUAAAAUAGGACACUUUUCAGGUUGGAGAAGCUUGUGAAAUGAAAGAAUAUUAUUGGACAAUAAGAAAUACAUAAUCAUCUUCAUCUUCAUGUAACAUUUUUAAUAAAAUGACAAACUUGA